CUUGUGUUUGUUCUGCUAUUAUUCCCUUUGGGCCAAAUGUAUGUUCUUGUACUAAUUUUGGUAGGAGGGGUUAUUGUCAAAAGUAGAGGACCUGGAAAGAUUCUGAAAGAUUUUAACUUUUGCUUUUGUUGGGGAAAAAGGGGAUACCUUUGGUGUAACAAAUUAUUUGUGUGUUUUCGCUUUUAACACCACAGCCACAAAAGAACAAAGGAUGUUUAUUUGACGUUUGAGCCAAGAGGCGGGUGAUUUGACCGGUUUUACUCGUAUUUGACAAAUUUGUGGAACGAUUAACUGCAUUUUGUCGUUAUUAUUAGUAUUCCUUUUUUGUGGAGAUAACAAGAUUAAGACAAAAGUUAUGGGGGCAGAAAAUUUAUUUGUUAGAAAUGAACUAGGUGAAUUUUAUCCAAUAAUGCUGCUAUUUAGUUGGUGGAUUUCUAGCCUUGAGCUUCUGCAGAAGUUAAACUGCAUGUGGUUUAUCCAGUAGCUCCAUUUUUUCUUUUUAAUCUAUGUCAAUUACCACUUAUCUGUUAGGGGUGGGAUGAAGUAACUAGCUGGCUCUCCAAUAUUAUCACGAAUUGACUUAGAUAUUUCAUUGUUGUUAUUUUUAUUGGAUCCAUUCCAGUGCAUACCCUUUAGAGCUUCUGUGCUAAGAUUCUUUGUGAAUAUUUGGUCCCUGAAACUUUAAUGUGAUUAACUCAUGCCAUGUGUAACCUAAGCUGCCCUUUUGAAAACAAUGGAAUCUUUUUUUUUGUUUUUUCACUACACAUCAAGUUUGAGUAUGUCAUAAAUGAGGCUACCAUCAUAUCUUAUGGCGAUGGUGCAAAUGAAGUCAUCUAGUUAGGGGCUUGUUACCUUAUAUUGUAGUUAAUUAGUUCUUGGUGAGAAUGGUAUGUAUUUCAUUCGCCGUAUGACGUAUGCCUGGUGGUUUUCACAAUGAGGUUCUGUUGUGAAAAAGGAAAUACUCAAAUGUAGAAAUAAUGGUAAUGUAAGCCCUUCGGUGAUUCAUUGCCAGGGUCAACCAAAUUAUGUGUUGUAAUUGAAAGAUUUUUCAACCUAGUUUAGAACAUAGUUGUAUCUAUUUAUAAAAGUCAUAGCAUAGAUCCAUAGACUUCCUCUCUGUGUUUCAGCCAUGGUGAUACUUUUUCUUUUCCUUUCAGGAAUUUCAAUACCUCAUAGCUACUGGUCUGCUGCAAUUUUACCAAGUCAUCCAUCAUUGUCUAGGAAAUUGUCUAUUGAACAUGUCAGGUUAGUUUCUACUGGUGCAUCAAUGUCUCCGUUUACACUGCCUACUCAAAGGAGGUCUAAACCUCCUCUGAUUUCGCCAGUUGCAACAGCUCCUUCACACUCAGUUCAAGGUAAGUUUUAGCUGCUCAGAUGUUGCAGUAUUUUUAUACUCCCAUCUUUCUGAUCGAUAGAUUUGAAUUAAGGUCCUGUUGCUGGUCCAAGAGCUAGUCCACCAUUGAGAUAUCAUCCUCGUCCUCGACAUUCUAGAAGUAGUCAUGCUGUUUCCCCAUCUCCAUCAAGGACACCAGGUUGUGGUCAAAUCUGUGCUGAGCCAUUGACUUCAACUCCCUUUGGCUCAAGUUGUGGUUGUGUGUUGCCAAUGAAGAUCAAACUUCUUCUUGAUGUCUCACUCUAUGCUGUUUUCCCCCUGGUUAAUCAACUGGAGAUAGAGAUUGCAGAAGGGAUAUAUCUAGAACAGAGUCAAGUGGUAAUAGCUGGUGCUAGUGCUGAUACUCAAAAUCAAGAAAGAACAGUUGUUGAUGUGAACUUGGUUCCACUUGAGGAAAGAUUUGACAAUACCACUGCUCUGCUGAUUUAUGAAAGAUUUUGGCAGAAGAAGGUUCCGCUGAACAGGACUCUUUUUGGUGCUUAUAAUGUGAUGGACAUAUCAUAUCCAGGUGUUCCAUCUUCUCCACCAUCAAGCGACUCUACUGCCAAGGGCCCUAGUGGAAGUGGUGGAAAUCAACAAUUUCCUAUAACAGCAUAUAUGGAUGAUAAAAGUCCGAAAAUGAAUCCUCGAAUCAUUUUUGUCAUUGCCUUGUCAGCAUUAGUCUUGUUGGUGGUUUGCUUUGGAGCAUUGGCUAUACUCUUAAACUGCAGGAAGUCAGGCAGACCGUCCAGUGCCGUUGGUCCUGUAUUAACACCAUCUAUUAACAAGAGAUGUGGGAUGGGAUCAAUGAUGUCAAGUAGCCCUGCGAGCUCCACUUCCGGAUCCAUCCUUUCAGCCAUGCCUGCUUCUAUACUUUCUGUUAAGACAUUCUCUCGAUCAGAACUUGAAAGGGCAACCGAAAAGUUCAGUUCUAAAAGGGUUUUGGGUGAAGGAGGCUUUGGACGUGUGUAUCAUGGUCUAAUGGAAGAUGGAACUGAUGUAGCUGUGAAGUUGCUUACACGAGAUAUUCAAAACGGGGACCGAGAAUUCAUUUCAGAAGUGGAGAUGCUCAGUAGAUUGCAUCACCGCAAUCUUGUUAAGUUGAUUGGUAUAUGCAUUGAAGAAAGGGUACGAUGCUUGGUCUAUGAGCUUGUACCUAAUGGCAGUGUGGAGUCCCACUUACAUGGUGUUGACAAGUCAAAAGGACCUCUGGAUUGGGAUGCUCGGUUGAAAAUUGCUCUUGGUGCCGCAAGGGGAUUGGCUUAUCUUCAUGAAGAUUCAAACCCUCGGGUUAUCCAUCGAGAUUUUAAAGCAAGUAAUGUGCUAUUAGAAGAUGAUUUUACACCCAAAGUGUCCGAUUUUGGAUUAGCGCGGGAAGCUACAGAAGGAAGCCAUCACAUCUCCACCCGAGUCAUGGGAACUUUUGGGUAUGUUGCACCUGAAUAUGCAAUGACUGGGCACCUGCUUGUCAAGAGUGAUGUUUAUAGUUAUGGGGUUGUGCUAUUAGAGCUUCUCUCAGGAAGAAAACCAGUGGACAUGUCUCAACCUCAGGGACAAGAAAAUCUGGUUACGUGGGCACGACCUUUAUUAACCAGUAGAGAAGGUUUGGAGCAGCUGGUGGAUCCUUCCUUGGCAGGAACGUAUAACUUUGAUGACAUGGCAAGGGUGGCUUCCAUUGCUUCAAUGUGUGUUCACCCGGAGGUGACUCACAGACCGUUUAUGGGAGAAGUAGUGCAGGCUUUGAAGCUGAUUUGUAAUGACACAGAUGAGACGUGUGCGGAUGGAUAUAGUCAACGAGACUCUUCAGUUCUGGACUCGGAAUUCAAAGCCGAUCUGGCCCCUUCCGAUAGCAGUUGGUGGAAUGCUGUUGGCAUUACACCACGUUUGACAUAUGGGCAGGCCUCCUCGUUCAUAACAAUGGAUUACAGUUCAGGCCCGCUGGAAGAGAUGGAAAAUCGACCCCAUUCAAUGUCAAGUUUGAUUGGAGGGGUUGCACUACCCAUCAAGCACGGAAACAGGUCUGGUCCGUUAAGGACUGUGCGGAGUAAAAAGGCGUUCUACAGAUUAAAGGGGAGUAUGAGCGAGCACGGAUUACUCCCGAGACGUCACUGGGGUGACGGUAACAAUGGUCACGAGGCCUCAUUUUAGGGCAAUCUGCAAAUGUACAGUACUGAAGGAACAUUUGUAUUUGAGAAAAGAACAGUUUCUUCGGGUGUAGGUUUUUAGUAGGUUUGGGGGGGGACGUUUCUGAGCCCUGCUAUUUUCCAGAAAGAAAACAAGCAAGUUUUCUGACCUCUAAUUUUUUGGGAAUAUCUUUACUACCAUAUAGUGAAGAGAUGUAAGCCAAGAUAUAUGUGCUGUAUAUCAAAAUUAUCGAUUGAGCUAGAUUGUGUUCAUCUCUUAAAACCAUUCAUUCCUCUUUCUUGAAGAGAGUGUUCAUAGUUGAGAUAUGUUUUGCUACUUCUGAUUCUGAAAUAAUUCAAGUUUUUUCUCGUUCCAAAAGGGGAAAAAAAAAAAGAAAUAUUUUUUUUGAAUUUUUUCCCCAUAAAAGUUUGCUGCUUGGUUGGAACCCCC